CGUAAAAAACAGCUGUUAAGCUGCUGUUCCUUUUGUUAUUUAAUCAUUAUUCUAGGUGUAAAUUCAAAUUACAAUGAAUAACUGUAUUAAACUAGCGCCCAUGGUACUCCGAUGCCAGCAGAGAAGCAUUAGUACUUCAUCAGUUUUGGAGGGCAAGCGAAACUUCCGAAAAUUCAAUGUGUACAACAAGCGGGGAACGCGCGUGGUGAAGGAGGCCCAGAAAACGAUGGCCAAUUCGCCGGUAGCCAUUCACAAGCGUGGGGUACGCGACACGGGCAUAAUUGUGGAUGGGCAGUACGUGGAGAUUCCCGAAAAGAUACCGGAAAUCAUAGUGCCCGACCUGACCGACUGCAAGCUGAAGCCCUACGUGUCAUACAAAGCUCCAGACGUUGUCCAAUCGGAAUUCACCAGCUUGGAUCUGUUUAAUGCCGUCUACUCCCAAAAGGUCAUCGAGGACUUCAAGGCGGGAAACCUGCAGGCAGAUGGCAGUGCCAAGGAGCCCUCGGCUAACGAACAGCUGACUUCGGAGGAGGCCUUGCAACGUGCCCGAAAAACCGGCAGCGACAUAUUCUAGUGAUAGGUUUAUUGUUUCUUAAAUAAAGUAUAAACUCGA